UGAAUUCCACUACUUUCUUUGCCUGGUUCAACCGUUCAAGCUUUUUCUCGCAGCUUCAGAGAGGAAGCUUUUUCUUCUGAUCUCCCUUUUACUUUUGUCUUGCUUAGAAGCCUGAGAGAAAGAGAGAUAUAGAGAGAUGGAAAAUUUACCGGCUUUGAGCCAUCUUUGUUUCACAUUCUUUCUACAUAAUUUCGCAACGUUCAUGACGAUUCCUGUCACGGUAGAUGUUACCAUGUCCGCUCUUUGUCCUGGAAAACUUGAAUGCUCACUUGCAAUUUAUCUCACAGGAUUUCAACAAGCGAUUAUUGGGCUGGGAUCGCUUGUGGUGAUGCCUCUUGUUGGUAAUCUCUCCGACAAGUAUGGAAGGAAGGCUUUGCUUACAGUCCCCAUGACUCUCACCAUAUUUCCUUUAGCCAUAUUGGCUUACAGUAGAACGAGGGGCUUCUUUUAUGCCUACUACGUACUCAAGAUUCUCACUGCCAUGUUUUGUGAAGGAAGCGUCCACUGUCUCGCUCUCGCUUACGUGGCAGACAAUGUUCCGGAAGGGCAACGAGCAUCAACUUUUGGGAUCCUUUCUGGCAUUGGGUCUUGUGCCUUUGUCUGCGGAACUCUGUCUACCCGUUUUCUCUCAACUGCUUCCACUUUCCAGGUUGCAACAGCAAUGGCGAUGCUGUCAGCGGUCUACAUGAGGAUUUUCCUCCCAGAUUCCAUCAUAAAUGAUGAUCUUUCUACUCCAAUUAUCUCGAAAGGAAAACUUGAUGAUGGUAUUGUUAAUCCGGAUGAGGAGUCAGGCAAGAAAAUGCAGAUGUUUAAAACUAUGCCUUCAAUAGAGGAUAUGCUUGCAUUGUUGAAGAGCAGCUUGACAUUUUCACAAGCGGCAAUUGUUUCAUUUUUCAGCAAUCUUGCUGAUGUGGGUCUCCAUGCUUCAUUACUGUACUAUUUAAAGGCCAGGUUUCACUUCAACAAAGAUCAGUUUGCUGAUUUAAUGGUCAUUACUGGGGUUGCAGGGACUAUAUCCCAGCUGCUUCUCAUGCCUAUACUAGCUCCUGCUCUCGGAGAGGAGAGAUUGCUGUCAAUAGGACUUUUCUUUAACUGCGCACAUAUGAUCUUCUAUAGCAUUGCAUGGUCCUUCUGGCUUAAGGUCUGCCUUACUGUGGUCAAUACUUUUGUAAAAUGGCAGGUACCUUAUACCGCAGCUGUGUUCUCCUUAUUCUAUGUUUUUUCACAGCCAUGUAUACGGAGCAUCAUAUCUAAACAAGUUGGGCCCUAUGAACAGGGGAAGGCUCAAGGGUUCAUUUCAGGCAUAGGUUCCUUUGCCAAUGUUGCUUCUCCCUUGGUUUUCUCCCCUCUAACAGCUUUGUUCCUGUCAGAAGGAGCACCGUUUUAUUUCCCUGGAUUCAGUAUUAUGUGUGUUGGGUUUGCCUCGAUGAUAGCCUUUGUCCAGAGUCUCAUGAUAAGGGCUAUUCCUCCAGUUUCAACUUCUGAAAGAGUUGGCAAUUGCAACAUGGAAGCCUAGCUAGCAAGGAAUGUGUGUUCCAAGCCCUGAAUCAUUCCUUACUCGACUUCGUUAUUAUUCUCAAAAAUCUUUCAACAGUACGUAUAUAUUAGUAGUAACCACUAGAAAUGUUGCAGUAGAUUUUCUCAAGUUGAAAUGUUCCUUCCUUUAUGCAAGCUGUAGCUUUCAAACCAUUUCACUCGGUAUAUAUAGAUAUAGAGCCUGCUCGUCGGUGCUGCAGAAAGGAGCCUUAUUUCAGUUGCAUCUGCAAGAGACACGCUGAAUGCUGGUACCUCGUUCCAAAGCACAUCAAUUAUGAUUUUUGCUACUUUUUUGGGGUUUGGCUCAUCCUAUUAAUGUUUUUAUAUCAUUAAAAUUGGGAUUAUCCCGUGAACUUUGUAUUAUAGUUAGUUUUAACUAGUAGCUAGAGAAAGACAAGCAUGUUGGCUAGCUUGGCAUGAUAUGAAGCUCUCCUGCAGGAGAAAUGCAAGAAUUGGGGGCAUGAGCAAAUAUAAUGAUAUUCUUAUUUAUGUUCUUGUCAAAUUUAUCACAAAAAGUGUGAAAAACCCUUAAUGAAAACGAUUGUGUAAAACUUCACUGUAUGGAUAUUUUUUUAAAAUGCAAGGUCUAACGUCCCUCAUAAAUCAAAUGAAAGAAAAAUGGGAGAAAAAAAGCUAGUUGUGGUGGCAUUCAUUGUGAUUUGUUUGAUUCAAACUUAGCUUGUUCAUUCGGAUGGUGAAUGAAUAAAAUACAAUUUCUCCCUAACUUGCUAAAGCAAACUUAAACGUAUCAAAUUAAUGCCUGAACAAAAUCUCAAAUGUUAUAGAUGUCUGAAGAAGUUGAAAGUAAGUGAAGUAUGCGUAAUCAGUAACAGACCAACCAAUGGAAGCUCGACAACAAUAAACAAAAGUCUCGUUUUUGCCGCCGUUCCCUUAAACAAUUCUUCCAUUCAUGUAAUAACCAGUAGUAAUACAAGUGAAAAUAUCAAUAAAUAAGAGAGAAAAAACAAUUUGGAUCUUCUCUUCCUACAAUGGAGUCAUGGGAAUCCCACCCACCCUCUAAUAACUUUUCAACCACUGGUAAUUCGCAUUUCUCACUAUCUUUGUGUUUUAUUGUUAGAUAAGGAAAUUUCAGACAUAAUUACAUUUUCCUUUUUUUGUUUAGACUUUGUUAGUUGGAAUUGGAAGGCAAAGCAAAUUUAAAACACCAAAUUGACAAGGAGAAGCGACUAAUCUGCACCUUCGCGUGAAAGCCUCAAGGCAGCAUUAUCCCGUGUAGGUGUAGUAGCUUUGAAAACGUCGGCUUUGACGCUGCCACCAUGUGGCUGACAACCAUGAAAUGUUGAAGCCUAUCCUUUCCAUCAAUGUAUUGCAGUUUAGUUUUAGCUCCCAACGCCUCUACAUCUGUCAACAGGUCGCUCAACCACAUCUCAGUCCUUCUAACUUUUCCUAAAAAAUGCUCCCAAAAAUGGUGCUUGAUUUGCUCGUUCCAACUUAAUUUUGGUUCAAUUUGUCCUGAUUGUGGAACUUCCUCUUUUGUUUUUCUUGCUAGUAUUAUAAAGCUUGGCCUCUUCAGAGCCUUGCCUUGCAAAACUACUUUCUUUGAGAACCAGAGAAUCAGACAAGAACUUGACCUUAUUCUUUAAAACAUAAUAAAAAUAAAGCAAUUGGACCCGAAAUUUCGCAAAAUCUCAUAAAUUAAGUAUCUUAAACAACGCAUAACCCGCACAUGAAUGGCAGCCACGCGUAUCUUUGAACUAUUUUUUCUGCAUAAAUAAUAAACAACAUCAUUAACGUAACAUAACAAAGAAAAGAAAUCCGUCAGGUUAUUGUUUUCUGUUUUUGUCAGGGCCUCCGGUUCUUGCCGUUGGCUUUGGUCGGAGAAAACAAACCCAAUUCUGCCGUUUUGAAACUAACACCUGUUUUGCAGUACGCGGCAGUAAGUUUGUUCCGCCUCCGGUUAUAGCCAACAGCGAAAAAACUUCACAAAAUUAAAAACCAAAAGGAAAAAAAAAAAAAA